UGGAAAUUUUGGCAUAGAAUAAUAUUUAAUCAAACAAGUGAACUUCCAGAGAAAGAGCGAAAUCGUUCUUUCGACAAGGACAGCUUCCAGUUCCACCAAGUAAACAUUAAGAUCAAGUUCUAACAUUGGAAAACAUCAUGGCAAUGGCUUCUAUAGAAACUUUUCUUUGUUAUUUGCUUCUUCUCUUUCAACUCUCAUCAUGCUUUACCCUAGAUAACAUUACAAGGAACCAGACCUUCAAAGAAGGGGACCUUCUAGUUUCCAAGGGCCAUGUUUUCGCAUUUGGGUUCUUUAGUCCGGGCAAUUCAAGGUAUAGAUAUCUGGGAAUUUGGUAUCAUAAAGUUUCAGAAAAAUCUGUGGUAUGGGUGGCAAACAGAAACAACCCAAUCAGUGGCUCCUCUGGUGUUCUCUCAAUCGAUCAAUAUGGGAACCUUGUUCUUUAUAGUGAUCCUGCUCAAAGGGUUCUUGUAUGGUCUAUAAAUGUAACAUUGGAAAGUUCUGAAUCAGAUGCUUCUGUGCUUCAGCUCUUGGAUUCAGGAAAUUUGGUGUUGCUCCGGGGGAAAAGUAAAAAAAUUGUGUGGCAGAGCUUUGAUUAUCCCACCAAUACCGUACUACCAGGAAUGCAUGUGGGGCAGAAUCGGAAAUCCGGACAAUAUUGGAUUCCGACAUCAUGGAGAUCAGAAAAUGACCCAAGUACCGGAGAUUACUCAAUUGUGUUAGACACAAGAGGUUCACCACAGUUCAUACUUUACAAAGACUCAAGACCCCAUUGGCGAAGCAUCCCAUGGCCAUGGAGAAUAUUCUCGGAUAUAUACAAUUUGAGUUUUGUUAAUAAUCAAGACCAAAUAUCAUUUACUUAUCAUAUGCUCGAUGCUUCUUCCACCUUGAGAGCAGUAGUGGACAAUUCAGGAUUUAUUAAGUGGCUAAGAAUGCAUAAUAACGAUGGAAAGUGGAAGGAGUUCUGGUCUGUACCAGAAUACAGAUGUGAUUUGUAUGGGAAUUGUGGAGCUUCUAGUAAGUGUGCUCCUAGCACUCCAGAUAAAUUCGAGUGUUCUUGUUUACCUGGGUUUGAACCCAAGUUCCCAAGGGAAUGGCAACUAAGAGAUGCAUCAGGAGGGUGUAUUAGGAAGCGUGAAGAUCCUUCUUUAUUGUGUGGACAUGGAGAAGGAUUUGUUAAAGUGGAAAAUGUUAAGCUUCCUGAUACUUCAGUUGCUGUUUGGGUGGACAUGAAUACGACUCGAAUGGCUUGUGAAUGGGAAUGCAAGAAGAAAUGCUCGUGCACUGCAUAUGCAAGCAUAGAUUUUGCUGGUAAAGGAAGUGGUUGUUUAGCUUGGUAUGGGCAAUUAUGGGACACAGUAGAGCAUAUCGAUGAAACAUAUGAUCUGUAUGUUCGUGUUGAUGCAGUUGAAUUAGCUGAGAAUGCAAGAAAAUCAAAUGCUUUUGGAAAGAAGGAGCUGAAGAUUCUGAUUUUAUCUAUUGCUUCAGCAUGGUUUACUAUUUUCUUCCUUGCUUAUUUGUGGCUUAAGAAGAGGAGAAAAGCGAUGAAGAACAAACUGGAAAACAGAAUCUUUGAUCCUAUCAGUGGUUCAAUCUAUUACAAAAACACUUUGGUGGCACGUGAAAUCGGGGGAAGUAGCCGUCCUCCAGACGUAACAUUCUUUGAUCUUAGCACCAUAGUUAUUGCCACUAAAAACUUCUCUCCAGCCAACAAACUAGGCCAAGGUGGUUUUGGCUCAGUGUACAAGGGUCAGCUAUUUAAUGGGCAAGAGAUUGCUGUAAAACGACUAUCUAGAAAUUCAGUGCAAGGAAUAGAAGAAUUUAAAAAUGAAGUCAUGCUAAUUGCAAAGCUUCAACAUAGAAAUCUUGUGAAACUUCUCGGAUGCUGCAUUGAGGGAGGAGAGCAAAUGUUAGUUUAUGAAUAUCUGCCAAAUAAAAGCUUGGAUGUACUUCUUUUUGAUCAAACAAGAAGGUUGGAGUUAGAUUGGAGGAAACGUUUUGAUAUUAUAACUGGGAUGGCUCGAGGAAUCUUGUAUCUUCACGAGGAUUCAAGGUUGAGAAUUAUUCAUAGAGAUUUAAAGAGCAGCAACAUUCUAUUAGAUGCAGAUAUGAACCCAAAAAUUUCAGAUUUUGGCAUGGCUAGAAUAUUCAAAGCUGAUCAAAUUCAAGAGAAGACAAAUAGAGUGGUUGGAACAUAUGGCUAUAUGUCGCCAGAGUAUGCAGUGUUUGGAAAGUUUUCAGUAAAAUCCGAUGUUUUUAGUUUUGGGGUCAUAUUGCUGGAAGUUAUAAGUGGCAAGAAAAGCAACGAAUUUAAACUACAAGAUUCUUGCUUUUGCUUGAUAGGACAUGUAUGGGAUUUAUGGUGCGAAGGUAGUGUAUCAGAGAUCGUUGAUCCAUCACUAAAGGGAUCAUAUAAUCCUAAUGAUGUCUCGAGAUGCAUUCAAAUUGGACUGUUAUGUGUUCAGGAAAAUGCUAUGGACAGACCAACGAUGUUGGAAGUAGUCCUAAUGUUGAGCAGUGAAACACCUCUUCCAACUCCAAAACAACCAGCUUUUGUUUUUAGAGAAUUUAGCAGCAACAGUAACUCAUUUGGAGUAGUUGAGGAAGAGUCAAGUUCUACGAAUGAGGUUACAGUUACUGAUUUUAUAGCUCGCUAAGGAUAAUUGAUUCUCACUAUUUGCAAGUAAAUUCUUGCUACAGGAAUUCUUCCUAAUAGACUCUGACACAAAUAUAUAGGAAAUCCGUUUACCAUUUCGUAAAGGAUUCAAGUCCAAAACUUCAGAUCAGCUUUGUACAAGCUUAUGAAUCUCAAAAUCACUGCUCUAGCCCUAAAAUGAUAUACGAGUUUAUAGAUUUUCACUUAUCUUCCAGCAUUUUUCUUUUGUAUAUUAUGACUUUGUUCUGAUUAAAUCAUGAUGUAUUUGUAAAAAUACCAUGACAAGUGCGGUCUGAAAUUCUGCUUUAUUUCCCUAA